AUGUCCAAAACGUUGAAACGGCCUGUGGCUGGUGAACGGCCUAGUUGCUACAUUCCCGCAAGGCUGGACGAACGUCGCAUUAGGCAUCGGAUGCUGCGCCAGGAACGGCGCCGAAAGCCCGACAAACCGGACGACUUCGUGACGUACGAAGAUAGCGACAGCGAGGAGGAAACGCCAAGCCAGCAGCACCAGGUCCUUAGUACAUCGUACAACUUUGUAGACUACAUAAGAAGCAGAGAAUCAGACUUGCACGAUGAGCGAUCGAUAGAUCCAACAUACGCCAGCAGGCACAUCCUGACGCACGAUAUGUUUCGCGAAACACCCAUCUCCUUGGGCAACAUCAACAAGGUGUUCUGCUCGCAAUGGCUCAGUAAUCGACAGGUCGUGUUCGGGACCAAGUGCAACAAGCUGAUGGUGUACGACGUUAACAUGCGACGGGUGGAUGCCAUUCCGACGCUACCAAACAGCCACGGGGCCAGCCCCGAUACGCAGUCCGGAAUACACGCGUGUCAGAUUAAUCCUAGCCACAGUUUACUUGCGACAGGUGCGAGACAUUCUGCCGAUAUUGCCCUGUACAGGUUGCCUACGCUAGAUCCGCUCUGUAUCGGUGAGAAUGCGCAUAGGGACUGGGUGUUUGAUAUGUGCUGGCUGGACGAUCAGUUCCUGGUUUCCGGAUCUCGUGACACCAAGCUUGCACUGUGGCGUGUCAACGAAGAUCUGAUGGAGUUCCCGGAGGUAAAGGACGGUGAGGAAGAACAGGAUGUGCCAAGCUAUGCGCACAUUACGCCCGUUGCUGUGAAGGAGUGUCGCGGGGCGCAGAAGAUACGAGCGAUUUGCUUCAAUAAAGAGUACCGCGAGCUUGCGCUACUUUCGCUAAACGGAUACAUGCAUCUGUUUAAUGCGGAAACAUUCUCACAAAAGCUCUCACGGAAGCUACCCAACUGUCAGGAAAACGUGUGCAUAGCUUGCCAACCGAAUGGUUUGUACGCGGUAGGAUGUCGUUCAUACACGCUGCUGCUGGACCCACGAACACUGCAGGCCGUGAAAAAGAUUGCAUCGCGCUACAGUGGCUAUGGAAUACGUUCGGCUAGUUUCCAGGGUAACAUUCUCACCAUAGGCACCGGUAUGGGGAUGCUAAUGUUCUUUGACAUACGAGCCGGGAAAUAUUUGGAAUCGUGCAUCAACUCUUCCCGAACGGUGGUACUGAAAGCAAGCAAAGGCUACGUGGCCCAAUUUCCAGACGAAGAAAUGGAUGGAUUCCAACAGAACAAGUACUUGCCUGCUAUCUACACGCACUGCUACGACAGCAGCGGUACCAGACUUUUCACUGCUGGCGGACCGUUACCGGCUACAUUAAUAGGCAACUAUGCAGGUAUCUGGCAAUAA